GGCCGUCCAAGGCCAAGGACAACGCUACUUCCGGUCUCCUCACUUCCGGCUCCGCUGCUCUCUGUGUUGGUGCUGCAGGCCGGGUUGAGAGGCUGCCGGUCUGAGUGUCCUCGCGGUUGGUCAGUGUGAAGCUGUGACAGCUGCAGUUGCUCCCCGCCCCCGAGGACCCGAGGUGCGUGGGGGGAGGGGAAGAAGGAAAAGGCCCAGGUCGCGUUUCCGCUCACUUGGUGCCCGGUUUGAGGCGAUUCCAGAGAGCCGCGGCAGGGAUAAUCCUCGACGUGAGAGCCGCCGAGUUCCCCCGCAGACAGGUAUGUCUGACUGCAGCAAUGAUACUACAACUCUUGGUGCAUCUAAACCAGGCACAGAAGAAGUCAAGUCUAAUUCUGAGGAGUAUAGCAUGGCUCAAGAAUCUCCCAAAAAUUCAGCAGCAGAAAUUCCAGUGACUAGUAAUGGAGAAGUGGAUGACUCUCGUGAACAUGGCUUUAAUAGGGAUUUGAAGCGUUCAUUACCAGCUGGACUUGGUCUCUCAGAAACCCAAAUUACAUCUCAUGGCUUUGACAAUACCAAAGAGGGGGUUAUUGAAGCAGGAGCAUUUCAAGGUUCCCAAGCACCACCAUUGCCAUCUGUUAUGUCUCCUAGCAGGGUUGCAGCUAGUCGACUGGCUCAACAAGGAAGUGAUUUAAUUGUUCCUGCAGGUGGCCAGAGAACACAGACCAAAAGUGGACCAGUUAUUCUCGCAGAUGAAAUAAAAAAUCCUGCAAUGGAAAAGUUAGAGCUUGUUAGAAAAUGGAGUCUAAACACCUACAAGUGCACUCGGCAAAUUAUCUCUGAGAAGCUAGGCCGUGGAUCGAGAACUGUGGACCUUGAACUUGAAGCUCAGAUUGAUAUAUUAAGAGAUAACAAGAAAAAAUAUGAAAAUAUUUUAAGACUGGCUCAGACAUUGUCAACCCAGCUUUUCCAGAUGGUGCACACCCAAAGGCAACUUGGAGAUGCAUUUGCUGACCUGAGUUUGAAGUCACUAGAACUACAUGAAGAAUUUGGCUAUAACGCAGAUACCCAGAAGCUACUGGCUAAAAAUGGGGAGACUCUUCUUGGAGCCAUUAAUUUUUUCAUUGCCAGUGUGAACACUUUGGUGAAUAAAACAAUUGAAGACACAUUAAUGACUGUGAAACAAUAUGAAAGUGCCAGGAUUGAAUAUGAUGCAUAUCGCACUGAUUUGGAAGAACUGAAUCUUGGACCACGUGAUGCCAACACUCUGCCAAAGAUUGAGCAGUCACAGCAUCUGUUUCAAGCACAUAAGGAAAAAUACGAUAAAAUGCGUAAUGAUGUUUCUAUCAAGUUGAAAUUUCUAGAAGAAAAUAAGGUUAAAGUGCUGCACAAUCAGCUGGUUCUUUUCCACAAUGCCAUUGCCGCUUACUUUGCUGGGAAUCAGAAGCAGCUUGAACAGACACUUAAACAGUUCCAUAUCAAAUUGAAAACCCCUGGAGUGGACGCCCCAUCUUGGCUUGAAGAACAGUAAAAUCACACCCGGGGGAAAAAAAAAAAAAGAAAAGUCACGUCAUUAUAUUUCUAAACAAACCUAAUAAGAAUUAAGCAGAGUUGGGUUAAGAUUAGGGAACUGGUGACCACAACCAUUGUAGUGAUUCUUGCACAAACAGCUUUAAUUUUUCCCUUUUUCAUACUUUAACAACUGAACUGUUAAAUUUGAUGGGAAGGUGGGUGAUUUUAAUGUGAACAUAAUUUCUAUGAUCUGAACACAAUAAUUUUCCUUUUUGAGAAAUCCUUUUGUAUUGUGAGGGUUGAUGGCUAUUUCUGUAGUUUGAAAACAUCUAAUAUAGAUUUGCACUGACCAGAUACAAAAAUUCAAGAUUUUUGGUCCUGGAAAGAGGGCCAGUUGUAGCUUUUCCAAAGGGACGUUUACAUGAUUUGUAUCAACAUCAGAUAUUUUAUAUAUGAAUAUAUUAAACAUCUUUAAGAGAUUCAUUUUCAUGUAUUGUCUUAAAGAAAAAAGAAACUAUUUUGCAGAGUAAAAUUAUAUGGUGUUCCUGCAGCAUCCACACAGAGGUGGCAGCUCUAAUGAAUGACUGAUUAGCUUGUGGAGUUGUGGCAAAUGCCUUUUUAAAAAUGAUUCUGUACUAUUGUAAUUUUGUUUAACCUUUUUUUUUUUUUAAGACGCAGGAAUCACACUGUCAUUUCUGUGAGGCUUUUGAGCUUAACAGUUUGCAUCACCCAAAGUCAUUGGGCAGUUAUGUUAGCCAUUUCUUUUGAUUCAUAAUGAAACCUGCUUAAGAGAAUUUUUUUUGGCAGGUGGACUUGGGAAUAGAAACUCUUGAUGGUUUCUAGAGUAGAAAUCUGUGCUUAGAAAGCAAGUUUUGGAGUAAAUUCCAUUUUGACAGAAGUGAAUUCCUAGACAGCUUUCAUUGACUUCCAUAUGUAACGAUACCGGUUAAGCCUUAAAUCACAGAUAUGUGCCUUCUCAGAUACAGUAAUUGUCAUUCAACCAAUGUACAUAAUCCAUAAAGAAACCCCUUUCAGAUAAUGUUUGGCGUGUCUUUUCCUUCCUUGGAAAGGAACACUGUGUAUCAGUAUUGGGUUUCUUUGUAUUCCUUAAACCACGUUCAGGUUUAUGGUAAAAUCAACUUUUGAAUUUGCUGUUUGGUUUUUCUUCAUUCCUUUCAUGGAAUGAGAAGAUGGAGGAAUUUUUCUUCAUUUGAGUAAUGGAAAGGUAAUCUGGGACAGUGUGGUGGUAACAAGAAAGGGGAUUGGAAAGGCCAGUACUGUUUUAGUUGCUCAGCACUGUUGGGUUUGUGUUAUGUAGUUGACCUAUCCGCUGUGUGGUUCUAUCAGUAAUGUAAGCCUUUUAAGUAUAAGUUCUCUUGAUUUUUGUCAUAGACAUAAAUUAAUAUGUCUUCAUUUCUUUUGUGUUGAGAUGAAGUACUAAAAAAAUUACUGUUAUACAUGAACUCUGUGGACUAUAAGAUUUGUUAUAUAUGUUCAAAUGCCUUUUAGCUGGCUUUUUAAUUAAUAUGCCUGUUUUCAGUGCUUAAUAUGUACAAUGUAAUGUGAUUGUAAAUCAUAAACCUAUUUUAAAUCAUUCCUUCCUGUAUAUUUGUACUCUGACAGAGCCUUAUUUUAUUCUUCCAGCAGAAUUACUACUUGUAAUAGUUCCUGUACAUUCCCCAGAAUGUGCCUCUGGUGUGAAUUUUGUAUUCUUAUUAAAAGUAUUUGCUGCACUACCUUGUUUCUAUGGCUCUUCAUAAUUUAAGAAGCAACUAUCUGGAAAUUGUGAAGACGUGAUUUGUCUUUUCCUGACUUUAAGAA